AGUAAUGGCAUGCCAUUUAGAAACUGGGAUUAUCUGUGAGGGAGUUGAAACUAUCUUUUAGUUUCAUAGUUUUAAUCAUAUUUAACUUCAUUAGAGAUAUAGAAAUGGCAACAGCAGCAACACCAGAAAUUGUUAAUCAGAAACCGGCAGUGGUGGAAACCAUGACGGAGCCACCACUUGCUUCGGUGAUGGAGAAACCAAACGACGUCGGGCAAGACAAGUCUGCUAUUCCGCCGCCGCCACCUGACGACUCCAAGGCUACCGCCGUCGUCGAUCAAAGUAAACAUACAUCAGCUCCAGAUACUUCUGCAGCAAUGAAAAGCUCGAAAGGAUCCCGUGACAGAGAUAUUGCUCUUGCAAAGGUUGAAGACGAGAAAAGGUUGUCGUUUGUCAAGGCAUGGGAGGAUAGUGAAAAGAGCAAAGUGGAGAACAAAGCCCAAAAGAAGCUCUCAGAGGUUUCAUCAUGGGAGAACAGCAAGAAAGCAUCUCUUGAAGCUCAACUGAGGAAAAUUGAGGAACAACUGGAGAAGAAGAAAGCAGAUUAUGCAGAAAAAGUAAGAAACAAGGUAGCUUUGAUUCACAAGGAGGCAGAAGAGAAGAGAGCGAUGGUCGAAGCCAAACGCGGGGAAGAAAUUCUCAAAACAGACGAGAUGGCUGCAAAGUACCGUGCAACUGGCCAUGCUCCUAAGAAGGGUUUUGGAUGCUUUGGAUGCUAAGUUUCUCCAGUUGUGGUAUUGUAUCAUCUAGGAAAAGUUUUAAUUUUCCUGUAAUAUUAUUUUUUUUUUGUUGGUUUUAUUAAGGCAAUUGAUAUAUUUUCAAUUGCUCGUGUGGUUAGGGUGCUUUGGACUUGUGAGUAAAGCAAAUUCCGUGUAACAAACUAUAGUAAAUUUUCAAUAAGAAGAAACUUUCUCCAA